UUAAAACUAGACAAAUAUUCAGUGUUGUCAACAUUGAAGUCUGUUAUGUGGAAUGUCUAUUGUGCAAACCGUACGAUUUCAAGUUCUACCUGUUUGUUAGUGAAUUCCAAAUCAAGUCCCGGUUUCACAAGUCAUUUAAUCUACCAGCUGAUUUGUCAUUCAUUUGUACGUAGAUAGGUAUGUUUUUUGUUAAAGUAAACAUCUAUGUUAUUGAACAUACGGUUGAUUGUUUACUUGCGAGUGCGUUGACUUGUGUAACUCAAAAGAAAAGGAACGAGCUGUAAAACUGUAUUAUAAAUAUAAUAAUGUAUUAACGUCUAUGUAAUUUGCUAUCAAGCUGAAUGAGGAUAAACACUAUUUUCAUACUUAGCAAUGUUUUAUGCGUAAUAGUUUAAACAGAAAAGUUUGUGAAAGGCGACAUUGAGUUUAACAAUGUCAACAGGAAGACAUAGAGGCUAAUUUAAAACGCAGUGUGGUGGCGAAUUAUAUCGAUUGGCGGGCCUGCUGGCACUCGCUCCCCCAUGCGCCCUGCAUCCCGGCCCCUAGUGGAGCCCAUUCACUAUCACUGUCUACCUACAUCCGCACAUAGCUCGAUACCUACAGCAACACAAGCUUCUACACAAAUAACUUAAUCACUUCCACGCACAUUCUACAAGGCAAUAUCGUUCAUUAUUUGGAAAGAUAUACAAUGUACUCUCUUCAAAUGCAUCACGUCGUUCUCGUAUGACACACGUCCGUGUCAGCGGUACAUGGCUUAGCCACACCGGUCUGUUUAACCUUGUUACUGUCAAGGAUAACCACUCAAACGCUUCCUGCGACUCGCUAAGUGCGGUGUGCAGGAGCCCUCUUCUCAUCUUCUAUUAAAUUAAAUUUGUUUAUUUAGAUAUAAGAGUAAAACGAAGCUCGCUACCGAGAAACACUUUGACUUUCAUUUAGGUAUAAUCGUGGGCUGUUUUGUAAUAUAAACAGUGUCGGAACUACGUAAAUAAAGUCUAAGAAGCUGAAUAGCAGUUAAUUAUUGUGUAAGUGUGUUAUGCGAUGAGAAUACAAGGAAUCAUGGAAAACGGAACAAAUGGAGAAUCGGCAUCGGAGUUUCUCCCUCCACUGGCGAAUGGCUCUUCAGCUUACGGAAAAGGAGACAGAACCACAGCCGCCCCAAACGAAAUCUUCGUGAACAGAUCGCUACAUUUAGAAAAUGUCAAAUUUUACGGUUUUGAUAUGGACUACACAUUGGCUGAGUACAAAUCUCCACAGUAUGAGAACCUAGGCUUCAAUUUAACCAAACAGAGAUUAGUAGAAAAAGGCUACCCGCGCGAGAUAUUAGAGUUUGAAUAUGACCCGUCUUUUCCAGUCAGAGGGCUAUGGUUUGACACUUUAUACGGUAACCUGUUGAAAGUAGACGCCUAUGGCAACAUCCUAGUUUGUGUUCAUGGAUUUGAAUUCCUGAAACAUUCACAAGUAUACGAGUUGUAUCCAAACAAGUUUUUGACAUUAGACGAAUCCAGGGUCUACGUCUUGAACACACUGUUCAACUUGCCUGAGACGUAUUUGAUAGCGUGCCUCAUAGAUUUCUUCACUAACUCCCCACAGUAUACGAGGGAAAAGUCGGGGGUAAGAUGUGGUGACUUGGCGAUGUCAUUCAAAUCCAUCUUCCAAGAUGUGAGAAACGCCGUCGACUACGUCCACAUUCACGGUGACCUCAAGUCCAAGACCAUUGAGAAUCUGGACCUUUACUUGAAGAAGGACGAGCGGCUGCCGAUGUUCCUGUCAAGGAUACGAGAGAGCGGAGCCAAGCUGUUUAUCCUCACGAACAGCGAGUACAACUUCACCGAUAAGAUUAUGAGCUAUUUAUUCGACUUCCCCCACGGCGCUAAGCCUGGCGAGCCUCAUAGGAACUGGAAGACAUAUUUCGACUGGAUCGUAGUGGACGCGAAGAAGCCCCUGUUCUUCGGCGAAGGCACCAUCCUGCGGCAGGUGGACACCAAGACCGGAGCGUUGAAGAUGGGACAUCAUGUCGGGCCCCUACACGAGGGGCUGGUCUACUCUGGUGGCUCAUGUGACGUGUUCACCGAAUUAAUCGGCGCAAAAGGCAAGGACGUGCUAUACAUCGGAGAUCACAUAUUCGGAGACAUCCUCAAGUCGAAGAAGAUUGGCGGCUGGCGCACGUUCCUGAUCGUUCCAGAGCUGGUGCAGGAGCUACACGUGUGGACGGACAAGUGCCAGUUGUUCACGCAGCUGCAGACCUUGGACGUGCAGCUGGGAGACAUGUACAGAGACCUGGACUCAAGUACGAAGGAAAAGCCCGACAUUUCCAAGUUGCGCGCGUCGAUCCGCGACGUGACGCACAAGAUGGACCUCGCGUACGGUAUGCUCGGCUCGCUGUUCCGAUCCGGAUCGCGGCAGACAUUCUUCUCCUCACAGGUGGUGAGGUACGCGGACCUGUACGCGGCCUCGUUCCUCAACCUGAUGUACUACCCGUUCUGCUACAUGUUCCGCGCGCCCGCCAUGCUCAUGCCGCACGAGUCCACCGUCGCGCACGAGCAGCGGUUCACCGUCGACGCGCCCACCAUCGACAGGACGAGGCAGCACCAGACGAGGACAUUUAGCCUGCUGAGCAUCUCAGACGACACCGCGUCGCAAGACACUGCGCCCGCUUCCGCCAUCCGCAAGAAAGUUGAGACAACCGGGUCCGUCCCACACACCCGGCCGGAGACGCCGCGGCAGCUCACACACACGCACGACGAAGACUGUUCCGACGACGAGGACGUGGCCAAGACGCAAGCAGCCAAAUAAACAACCCAUAAUUAUACAGGAUUAUAUGGAGUCAAUUUACCGUAGCUCAAUUGUACCUGCGGGUGAUCUAACGUGGCCUAGCUUAGCUAGAUAUACUAUUAACAAAUCAAUUCUCUUCCAAGUUCGAUUUUUUUUUCUAGGCUGUAGUUUUAACAAAAUUUAGCAAGCCAUUUGGUAAAGUAAGAAAGCAGAAACAUUACCAUCAAUAUCUCCCUAGCGUUAUCGCGUUUUUACAGGGUCCGCUUACUUAUCCUGAAGUUUCGUCAGAUUCGUUUUUUGCUGACCCGAAUGUUUAACCCGAAGGAAUUUGUUCCGCAAUUGCAUUUUUCGGGAUUUCGAAAGACGACCAGCAAAAACAAUAAAUGAUAUACUUAUGUCAACUUGCAAAGCGAAACUAUGGAUUUCUCUUAACCUAUUUACAAAUGUAUUUUCGUCAGGCGAAUACGUAUUUCUUUCGAAUAUUGAAUGCUGGUGAAAUUGUGGUUGAAUGUAUGUAUAUGUUUCACCCGUUAUCUUAGAACACGAGUUAUAUUGAGUGUUGAAUUUCUUGAAUUUAUUAGUGUGAAUAAUAUUGUAUCUAUCUGGGAAUGGACGUAAAUUCAUUUUAGUUUUAUGGCGUCUGAGUGCGAGGGAAUAAAAUAUUAGUAAAACUCCGAGAUUUAUUUAGCAUGAUAUUUAUGGAACUUGUUCUGCGAUUAAUUUAUUGCUGUUUUUGGUUUCGAUAACUGGAGAUGGUACUUGGUAUGAAGGAGACCCCAAUCACCAAUAAAUGAUCAUGUAUCUUUCUUUUCAAUACUAAUACUUCAUUUUAUUUUUAUUUACAAAAUGUAAACUACAUUCGAUGCAGAUAAAGAGGCUAUAGUGAUGCGAGGAAGAAGAGUUAAACUUCAGCAGCAGUAAUUAUUAUUGUUAUCCACAGUCGUUCGCCGGCCGACAGUAAGCAUUUCCAAGUGUGAUGAGAAUAUUUUACGAUACUGAUUAUUUUAAACUGAAUAGUACUUGUUGUAGAAUAUGUACAUACUAUAAAUAUGUAACGAAUAUAAUUAUAAUAUUGUGUUGUAUAAAAUAUUUCGAGAAUUUAUUUUUUGAGUCCAGUCAAUAGAGAUUAUUUUUUGUUGCACUCUGUUCACAUUUAUAUUAUUGUUAUAUUUUUUAAUAUAUUUUAUUGUUUGAGUAAACAAGAUACUUGUGUUUGAAUUCAGUCAAUAGUGUACUCGUGAAUUAACGAUUUGAUUACAAAUGUUAAGCUCCGUUGAUUGGGCUUCUAGAUGUUGUGAUUUAAAUUGUUUAAAAAUGUAUGCGUAUAUGACGUAGCUUUAUACAUAGGUAAGUGUAUAGAUACACUGUUUAUAAUAUUAUGAGUAAAUUGUUAACGAGGAAAUGUUGCCAUUUUUAUAUCAGUAGCAAUUCCACUUUUUUACCUAAUCACACAAAACUAGAUGUGUAAUAGGAUGCAAUAAAUAAAAUUAAUUCAAUAAAUCA